AUGGCGGGGCAGUCCGACCCGCACCUCUCCAUCUUCUCUCCCUCCGAGGUGGAGUUCGUGGCGGAGGAUGAGAUCGUCGAAAUCGUCCCCAAUAUCCGCAUGGACGCCCUCAACAUGAUCUGCGGGGAUUUCGGGCCCUUCUUCCCACAGAUUCCCACCAAGGUGCCGCUCUGGCUCGCCGUCGCGCUCAAGAAGCGUAGCAAGUGCACCAUCCGCACCCCGGACUGGAUGACUGUUGACCGCUUGACACAGGUAUUGGAAGCGGAAAGAGAGUCGCCUCGAGAAUUCCAGCCAUUACCAUUCCACUAUAUUGAAAUUUCUAAGCUGCUAUUUGAUGAUGCUCGUGAUGACAUCUCAGAUGCAUACCUGGUGAGAUCUCUAAUUGAGGACAUCAGAGAUGUCAGAUUCCACAAGGUUGAGACUGGAUUAGAGACAAUAUCUGGACGCACCCAUGCCGUAAAGCUCAAAAAUCUCUCUGCAAUGGAAGUGAACAUUGUCCGCCCUUUCAUGGUGAGAACUUUGCAGGCAUUCUAUAAGCAUGAUAGUCCACAGAUGAUUCAGCAAGCAGAUAAUACAGGGAGCAGAGCAACACCAGUUACAGACCGUGGCCCAAGAAGAGAUCUAAGGCGCAGGUAG